CGACGCCGGAAGUGAGCGGCCCAGCCAACCAGUUCCGACGACUUCCGCCCGCCGGACCCGGAAGUGACUUCUUUUCUCUUUCUGUUUUGCGGGAUGGCGGCAAGUGGAGAGGAGAGGACGGGAGAGAAGAGGAGCGCCGAGGAAGAGCCGGUCCUGUCCCUGCUGGAUGUCCUGGAGGAGGAUGACGCCCUGCAGGAUGAGGCGUCUGCUGUGCUGGCGGGCAGCGAUUCCGAGAAGUGCUCCUACCCCCUGGGUUAUGUGAAGAGACAAGCACUGUACGCCUGCAGUACCUGCACCCCGGAUAAAGAGGAGCCCGCCGGGAUAUGUCUGGCCUGUACAUACAAGUGUCAUGAAGGCCACGACCUGUUUGAGCUCUACACCAAGAGGAACUUUCGCUGCGAUUGUGGAAAUGCCAAAUUUAAACAGCUGGAGUGCAAGUUAUAUCCGGAUAAAGAGAAGAAAAACCUGGCUAAUAAUUACAAUGACAAUUUCUUUGGCCUGUACUGCACAUGUAAGAGACCGUACCCCGAUCCCGAGGACGAGACCCCAGAUGAGAUGAUCCAGUGUGUAGUGUGUGAGGACUGGUUUCAUGGUCGGCACCUAGGGGCAGUUCCAUCGGAGCACGUCGAGUUUCAUGAGAUGGUGUGCCAGGGCUGUAUGGAUCUCUGUUCAUUUCUUUGGGCCUACUCUGCGAAGUUAGGAGUUCCUGGUGUCACCAAGAUUACCAAAGCAGAAACGGAACAUGAAGAUGUUAAAGUUGAUGAUUGUCCUACGGAAACAGCCAACACUCAGAAUGGACUAACAAUAAAAAGUGAAGAAGUAAAGGUGGAAAUGGCAAAGGAGGAGGAAGUGAAGGAGGAAGUGAAGGAGGAAGUGAAGGAGGAAGUGAAGGAGGAAGUGAAGGAGGAAGUGAAGGAGGAAGUGAAGGAGGAAGUGAAGGAGGAAGUGAAGGAGGAAGUGAAGGAACUAAGCUGUCCAUCUACCAGCAGUAAUCAGAAAUCUUGUAAUGGUGAAUCGUCUCGGGCUGUAAGGACAGAAAAAAACCACACUGCUUGCAGACUUGAAGAAUACAGAAAAGUCCAGGGGCCCGCCACGAACACUGCCACCUACUGGCCAGGCAACUGGCGCAGUCAACUCUGCAGAUGUGCAGAAUGCAUGAAAUUGUACACAGAUUCGCACGUGUUGUUCCUGUUGGAUGAAUGUGACACCGUUCAGGCUUAUGAAAAUAAAGGGAAAUCGGAGGAGCAAGAGGCCCGAGACCCCUUGAUGACCGCACUCAGCAGCAUGAACCGCGUCCAGCAAGUGGAGCUGAUCUGCGAAUAUAAUGACCUGAAGUCAGAGCUGAGAGAUUAUCUGAAGAGAUUUGCAGAGGAAGGGAAGGUUGUACAGAGUGAAGACAUUCAGAAGUUCUUUGAGGAUCUGCGCUCCAAGAAGCGGAGACGGGUGGAAGGCAUGCAGUAUUAUUGCAGUUAGCUGCAGAAUUUCCGAAGCUGGAGCCCCGGAUUGUAGUCCUGUACUAUUCAAUAGACUCUCGUGACCCCUCCCCUUCUUAACAUGUUCAUAUUUGUUAUUUUUUUUUUAUGUUUGUGGUACCUGGUAGGGUUGUCCUUCUGCCGGUGGUGCCUAGGAUGGCUCAAUCCCCAUAGUUAGCGGGAAGUCUUGAUGAGUGCCAUGGAGUUCCUUACUUUCCAUUCAGUCUUUUUCCUGGUCAUCAUUCAUCAGAAUAGGAGAAUUGUUUCCUUAAUAAAAAUAAUUAAGAAUUUUUAUAA